AUGUUUUCUUCAGACACAACAACAACAACUACAGAUUUGUUCUGUAACAACGACCUUUACUCUGUUAAUGAAACUCUCAAGAUUUUUGACCAUUUUACCCCUCACAUCCUCUCUUCAUCUCCUCCCACUGAUCUUCUCGGAACCCUAACUCUCUCUCAUCAAAUUCCCACCGGAAUAUUUCCAGAUUUCUCCGAUUCCAUCAAAACAGAGCGGGUUUUCGAUGGUAAUCAUCAGUCAUCAAUGGCGCGAAGCUACGGUGCGAUAGAGAAUGCAGGAAGAUAUAUGCAGAGAAGCUUUAGUAGCAAUUCGGUUGAUGGAAAACCGAAUCAGCUCCCGUUCGAUAUUCCGAUAAUGGAGUCGUCAAAUUUCAGUUACAAUACCAUGAACUCGCCGGAAAAUGCUUUCUUUACCGGUCAGAUGAUGCGGCGAGUCUGCAGUACAGGAGAUUUGCAGAACCUAAAGAAAAAUUUCACCGAGCAAAAAUCCUCGGUGACAUUUUCCGACGAACAAAACUUUAAAGUGGGGCGUUAUAAUGCAGAAGAACGUAAAGAGAAAAUCUCAAAGUACAGAGCUAAACGAAACCAGAGAAAUUUCACCAAAACUAUAAAGUAUGCAUGUCGGAAAACAUUGGCGGACAGUAGACCUCGAGUACGUGGCAGAUUCGCACGCAAUGACGAAGUUGUAGAAAUCCCCAACAUUGAAGACGACAACAUCGAGCUUUGGAAAUUAGAUGGGCUGCAUGAGGAAGAUGAAGCUUUCGUGAGUGGCUUUGGGGUGCAACAGUCUCAUUUGCAAUACACAACUUCUUCUCCUUCUUCAUUCUGGUGA